AUGGAUAUCAUCCAUGAGCCUUUAAUCCAGAAGAGGAGCAUUUCAGUUAAAUUCUCCGAAUUGGUUGAAGCCCUUGAACUUGCUCUCAAAGACCCACCAAAAGCGCCAGAAUACGUGAGGGACUUUGAGUCUAAAACUUUUGAGAUAUACCUGUACGCUGAGCAGUCCAUAGAAUGGUUGGAGAAGCAAGAAAGACUCGGAUAUAUAACGGAAUCUUCCAAGGCGUCGUUCAGAAUUUCAUCACUGAUGAUCUUGGACCGCUACACAGAGCUAAACAGUUAUAUUUUAAAGGGACUGGCGCAACUAUGCGUUCUGGGCGGAGAGAUAGGCAAAUGUGCAAUAUCAAUUGUGGCACAAACAACCAUCAUUUCAAAUGAAUCUGAGACCUGUGAAAUACUCUUACAAGUAUUAAGUCCACUUUUGGAGAUUUUUGAAAAUUUUCCAAUAGAUUUGAAAAAGAACUUGUUAUCCUCACUGUCCAAGCUGCCCUGCAUCAAGGAGUUGUCAAAUUGCCUACAGCCGAUAAUACAAUACGUCAUAUCGGAUAUAAUCAAGGAGCCAUGGAAAACGCACCUGUGUGACCUGUUUGUGUUGCUAACACUGGAUGAGGACAAUGCCCUGGAUAUAAGCCACUAUCCAAUAUCGAAGUUCCUGAUAAGGGAGUUGGAACAGUAUGAGCUGAAGAAUGACAUGAUAAGUAAAAAGACGGAGAAGCUGGAGACCAUAGUAGGAUUUCUAAAAGUAAUAUCGAGUAGCCUGAGAAGCCUCGAGCCAGCGGUUUUAUCGGACUUUUCUAACUCGAUACUGAUUCCAAACAUUAAGAACCUGAUUGGAGAAAGGGUGCCAACAACGAGACUGUCGGCAGAGGAGUCGAGGCUAGGAUACCAUUUCAUCAGGCUGUCAACGAGCGUUUGUCAAUCAUCAGAUGAGAUGUUGGACGAGCUAUGCACGGGCUUCCAUCUGUUUGACCUGUUACUCGUGCCAAUAAAGGAGACAGUGGCAAACCUAGAAAUAUUAACGGCGUCAUUGGAAGGAAUGUGCUACAUAUUAUAUAAUGGAUCGACAAGGGAUAAGUAUUCGAUGCUGAUAACUGAAGAAUUGGAUCCAAACAUCAUGUUGACGUACCUGGAAGAGUCGCGAAGAGAGAAAUUAAUAGAAAAAUACGACAGCGAAAUCAUCAACAACUUGUAUUUGUGGUACUAUAGAUUCAUAGCAACACUGAUGUUUGUAUCGAAGACGAAUUAUAACAUGACGGAAUUUGUGGAUAAAAUGCUGAACAAGGGGCUAAACAUACACAUAAUUAACAACUUUGGGUUCUCUGGCUGCGAUGUGAAGAUACGAUGCGAGUUGAUGAACAUAAUCUCGCAGUUCCCGGACGAUUGGAUCGACGCAUCCAUAGUAAACAAGCUGCUGAAUAUACUGUCAGACAUAGACAUAGCGAAUUACCACGAAAAGGAGCUGGAGUCGAUAGUGAUCGUGCUGCACAAGAGGCCGGAAUACGCGCCCAUGGACAAGCUGAUAAACAACGUCGGCAACCUGCUGGUGGCAACGCUGAGCAUACCGAACAGCAGUAAGUACCAGACCCUGCAAGUAAAGAUCGUCAAGCUGCUGCUCGACGUGGCUGAGCUGGAGACGGCGAGAAUGCACCUGAGGACGGAGAACGUGAUGCUCUUGUUCCUGAAGGGCCUCAAGUACGAGCAGGACUACAAGAGUCUGGAGUGCCCAGACAUAAACGUGGAGCUGUGCUGGACAGGCAACAACUGCAGGUUCCUCAACAUGUGUAUGUUCAACACGUAUCACCUGAAGCACGACAGAAAGCAGUUUUACAGAGCGCUGAGGGCUCUGGAGAGGUGCAUCAACGGGUUCGACGCGCACAACAACGAGAAGACGCUGAGCUUCGAGCAGUUGUGCCGGAAGGAAGUCGAGGACUUUUACGACACAGCCAGCGGAGGCUACGAGUUCAACUUCCUAGAGGAGUCGGACAUUAAGCUGAGAAGGGAGCUCCAGCAACAGAAUUUCAGGGAAGUGCAACAGCAUCAACAAAUAUCGUUGUUUAUAAACAUGGAUUUGAUUGACAAGAUACUGAUGUACCUGUCACCGCUAAAUUCGCUGGCGUUCAUCCAGUAUUACCAGUACGAAAGGGUGAAUAACCUGAACAGCGAGUACUGGGCAGGAGUGCUGAAGGGGAAUAAGCUUGACUACGAAAAAAUGAACGCGUUGCCGAAGGUUAACAAUUAUUCGUCGCUGUACUACCGAUUCGACAGCAACAGGGAAAUUGCGGCAGACACUAGGGAGAACACGAGAAUAAAUAAGUCGACCAUAGACCUGGUGACGAACGUAAUAUCGACAAACUUGAACAAGAUGAAUUACGAGUUGCAGGACUGUGACUACUUUAAGGUGCCGCCGAAGCCGCUGCUGAACAAAUUGUAUUUAAAUGAGUACACUAAGCAGGUAAACCCGUCGCUCGUAAUAUCCUCGUACCUGAGGAUACUGUACGGGUUGAUAGACAACAGCGACAACGACAUCAUUAAGCAAAGGUUUAAAAACGCAGACUUUGUACGCAACUUAAUAAAGCUGGUAACCUCAUGUAACAUAUUCGAUUACAACUUGACGGCAAAGCUGUUAAAGUUGUUCAUAAAGGCGCUCACGUAUAACAUAUCGUUAAAGGCUGAGUCCAUGGAUGUAAUAGUAAUACACGAUAUAAUAUCAAAUUUCAUUGAGUUGAUAAUGAAGUACGUGGUUAGCGAGUGCAUUUUGAGUGUGAAUAUCAACUGGAUCGACGACGUGAACAAGCACGUGCAGUACCUGGUGCUGCAGAUCGUGAAGUACGUUAACCUCGUGAGUCGGCAAGUGCCGCUCAUCAAGUUUUCAAACAUCCACGAAAUUCAAGACUACUUUGUGGAGAAAUGCCUAAACAAGUUCAUAUCGGAGUACACUAUAGAGAUAGUGAUGAAAAUAUUCAUACAGCUGGCCACGUUUCAGAAUGUAACCAGUACAGGGACGUAUACGGUACACCUGUACGACACAAACAUCGUCGAGGCCAUAAUUGACAACAUACUGUUGAUAAUAAUACAGUUGACGUACGGUUACUCCCAUAGCAAAUCACGUGACUUGCAGUUUCGGAGAUACGAUAGCAUCAGCUUCAGGAGCGCCCUGCUGACUUCGGUCCUGAAACAAAUAUACCUGCACAAAAUUAAGAGCAAAUUCCAGCUAUUCAUAUCUAAGGCUCAAAUAGAGAGGAUCAUCAUAUUCGAUGAAUCGUACAUAUUGACGAACACUCUGGACGAAAAUGCCAACGAAGAUAACAUGUAUUUAAUGUGUAUCAGUAAUAAAAAUUUAUAUCUUCUGAACUAUCUUAAAGACAAAGACGAUUUUGAAAUACUAAGGAGCUUCGAAUUGAGUAAGCACAAGUUAUAUUCAAUCGACGAAGGGACUAUGUAUCUGUUACACGAGGAUACCUCCUGGGUAAUAUUCAGUCUUUGUUAUAUAAAUUACGAUCUGAUGAAGUACUUAUGCUACGAUAACGUAAACAUAUUGGCAAGGCAGCUGACGCAUCACCUUCCCGAUUCAAACGAGGGAGCGAAGGAGGACUCGGAGCCAGAGUUUAAGAACGUGCUGGCAACGGUUGCCAACUACAAGGACCACUAUUCGUUGGCCUUGGUUUCUGAUCGCACCGUUCAGAUAUAUGAAAUAAUACCUGACCUGCUCGUAAAAGCACUUUAUCCGCAAGCCGAUCGAUAUACCAAGCUGUUGCUGAAAACGUUCAUUAAGCCUGACGCCAGAAGUGAGAUGGUUAAAAUUCACGAGCCAAUUUUGUUUCUAAAGUCAGUGCUGAGCAUAGAAAUUAACAAGAUCGACAAGAUCAAAUUCGACCACCACUUCGGCAUCAUGCUCUACAAGUAUACCGGGGACGAGUCUGAGGACAAUAGGGGGAGCGAGGACGAUGAAGACAGAGACGCGUACGUUUUAAACCUCAUUGGCCACAACAACCGCGAAAAGUUUAAAAAGUUCCUCGCGAAGAGGAUAUCAAACAAGUCCUGGAAACGGUCCUGGUCCAGGGAAGAGGCUGAUAUGGAUACUGAUUCUGAGUAA